AUGCUAGGUUUGAAAGAGACAAAGAAGGCGAAUUUGACCAAUUUUGAUGUAGUACAACUUUGGGGAAAUGAUGCAGUUAGAUGGGAGUUUGUAGGGGCGGAAGAUGUGUCAGGUGGCUUGCUAUUGAUGUGGGAUGAAACAAUGGGCCAGUCAUGCAGUCGCAUUGACAGGGUUCUAGUUAGCUUGGAGUGGUUAGAAGAAUUUCCUAAAACAAGGCUGAGAGGAAGGCCUAGAAGGAUGUCAGACCAUUGUCCACUGUUUGUGGAUGCCACAAGGUUCAUGGACAAGUUGAAGGCUUUGACAGUUUCGCUAGACAGAAGGCAUAGGGAAAAUUUUGGAAACAUGCAUAUAAGGACUACACAGUUUGAGGAAGAGAUAAAGAAAGUAGAUGACAUGGAGAGAAACAAAAUGUAUGAUGGGACCAUGGAAGCAAGAAUAAAGGCGCUUGUGAGCUCCUAUAAGCAUUGGUAUGUUAGAAAGGAGCUACAUUGGAAGCAGAUGUCACGAUCCAGGCAUGCAAAGGAGAUGGACAAGAACACUCGAUAUUUUCACAAUUUAGCUUCAACUCGAAGGAGGAACAAUCAGAUUGAUGCCUUAAUGAUUAAUGGAAGGUUAGUAAGGAAUCAAGUCAGGAUCAAGGUUGCAAUACUAGAUUUCUAUAAGGACUUGUACCAUCAGGAGACGUCGCCUAAUAUAGGGUUUAGGGAUGGGCUGGUAGAGCAGUUAAGUGAGGAAGAGGCAGCAGAGUUAGAGUUGAUGCCAUAUUUUGAAGAAAUAAAUGAAGCAGUGUGGGAUUGUGAGUCAACGAAGGCACUAGGCAACGAUGGGUAUAAUAUGAAUUUUAUUAAAAAAUGUUGGGCAGAAGUUGGAAGGGAGUUCACUGAAGCAGUGAUGGAUUUUUUCCAGUCAGCUAUGUUACCUAGGGACUCGAACGUCACUUGGGUGGCGUUAGCACCGAAGUUCGUUGGAGCCAAAGAAAUAAAAGAUUUUCGGCCGAUUAGUAUGGUGGGUUGUGUGUACAAGAUGAUAUCUAAGGUAUUGGUUUGGAGGAUGAGGAAGGUUACUUAUGCCAGAUUUAGUAGGGGAGACUCAGAGUGCUUUUGUGCAGGGCAGGAAAAUCCAUGA